GACGCGGCAUGCGGCGCCCCACGUUGCUGAGUCGGUGAUUCAUUGUGGAGAGAAUGGCUGGAGUUUACCGACCGAGACGAGCACAAAACAACAAAUUCAUGGAUUAACACACCGUAAAACACGUCCAUACGUUACUCAAGGCGAGCUGAGCGACCAUGAAGCUGCUUCAUAAGGACAUUGAGAAGGAUAAUGCGGGUCAGGUGACACUGAUACCUGAGGAGGCAGAGGAUAUGUGGCACACCUACAACUUACUGCAGGUGGGCGACAGCCUGAGAGCCUCCACCAUCAGGAAGGUGCAGACGGAGUCGUCCACAGGCAGCGUGGGAAGCUCGCGAGUCCGCACCACCCUGACCCUCUGCGUGGAAACCAUCGACUUUGACUCGCAGGCCUGUCAGCUCAGGGUGAAAGGCACCAACAUCCAAGAAAACCAGUAUGUUAAGAUGGGGGCCUAUCACACUAUUGAACUGGAGCUUAAUAGGAAGUUCACUCUAGCCAAAAAAGUCUGGGACAGUGUGGUGUUGGACAGAAUCGAGCAGGCAUGUGACCCCGCCCAGAAAGCAGACGUGGCUGCAGUGGUGAUGCAGGAGGGCCUGGCCAACCUGGUGCUGGUGACCCCUGCCAUGACUCUGCUGAGGGCCAAAGUGGAGGUCACUAUUCCCCGCAAGAGGAAAGGCAGCUGUGCCCAACACGAGAAGGCGCUGGAGCGAUUCUACGAGGCUGUGAUGCAGGGUAUUCUCAGACACUUCAAUUUUGAAGUGGUCAAGUGCAUCCUGGUGGCCAGUCCAGGCUUCGUUAAGGACCAGUUCAUGACCUACCUCUUUAAAGAGGCAGUGAGGCAAGACUGCAAAGUGCUGCUGGAGAACAGACCUAAAUUCAUGCUAGUGCACUCCUCUUCUGGACACAAGUAUUCUCUCAAAGAGAUCCUGUCUGACCCAGCGGUAACAAGUCGUCUCUCCGACACAAAGGCUGCAGGGGAGGUCAAGGCUUUAGAGGAUUUCUACAAGAUGCUGCAGCACGAACCUGACAGAGCCUUUUACGGACUUGCACAUGUGGAAAAGGCCAGUGAAGCUUUAGCCAUCGACAUUUUGCUGAUCAGUGACAAAUUGUUCAGACAUCAAGACAUAGCCACCCGGAACCGCUACGUCCGGCUUGUGGACAAUGUGAAGGACAACGGAGGGGCCGUCAGGAUAUUCUCAAGCUUGCACGUGUCUGGAGAACAACUGAAUCAGCUUAGUGGUGUGGCGGCCAUCCUGCGAUUCCCCAUUGCUGACCUCUCAGAGGCCGAGGAGGAGGACAGCAGUUCUGAUGAUGAGUGACCACUGUAAACCUGCUUUUUACAGGCAGCAGACACGUAGAGAACCAUCUUGCGCUGAAAACAAUACCAAUUGUAACAUCACAAAGGGUUUAUACAGCCUUUUCACCAUUACAACAUAAGUACCGUGCCUUUAACACCCAUAAUUGUAAUAUUGGUUAUUAGUUAGGGGCCCAAGCACCAUUUGCCUACAUGAUGGGCUGAUAUAUCAGUGGGUACCACCACCACACUGUGCAUGCAUGCAGUAGUUUUUCAAGAAAGUCAUCAGUGGUAUCAUACGUGAUCCAAGAAAUACCAUUACAUCACAGUGAUUCUGCAAGAUGUUCUAGGACAUGGACAUUCGUGCACUUGCUUGUGGAUUAAGGAUGGUCUGUGAUGAACCGUCUUGCAACACACACAGCAAAAACACAGAACGAUACAAAAAAAACAUGAGACAACAUUAUCAUUAUCAGGGGGCUGUUGAUCUUCUAGACUUUUUGAGUGCCAAAUAAGAAAGAAAUGGCACUAAUAAUUAUAUUCACCAAUUUAAUUUUGAAAUGUAGCCUUCUUUUCAAUCUGAGUGUACAUAAUAUUACAUUACGUUCAAUAAAACAGCUGCAGAGUUUCAAUCA